AUGGCUCGUCGCUCCGCUCGGUUGAGCAAAGCUGCUCAACAGCAGGAUCAGCCUGCCUCUGCUCGCAGAACUCCUUCAACCAUCCGACUCGAAUCCUUGGUCGAACGAGACGAGACCCCAGAUGAUAGAGAACCACUAUCAAUCGACAAUGUAUUGGCAACUCCAGCCUCUGCGGCAACUGUCAAAUCUCAACUCUCAAGGCUAUCAGGUCUCAAAACCCCCAAGACCGAACCCAGAGUCGAUCGUGCGGAGAUGCAUCCUGGACUGGUGCAUCAAUCAACUGCGAAAGCUCCAGAUUCCGGAUUGAAACUCGGCUUUGUUGAUAUUCCUGCCCAGCCGCCCCACUCUCUCGCAAGUGCCCAGAAUACUCCCUCCAAGGCUCAAUCCAGUACACCGGCACACCUCUCUGCCAAAACCUUCGAUUUCAAGUUUGGUUCAGACUCACAACUGAGUACGGAAGCACAAAAGCUCAUGGACAAUGUGCGAGAAGAGGCAGCCAGAAUCAAGGCACAGAUGUUGGCAGAGAAGAAAGCCCAGCUAGAGAAAGAUGCUGCAGCUGAGACUGCCUUUGAUGGAAUACAUGCAUCAGGCAGGAAGAUUGCCAAACCAAGGGGCCAGGCUGGCCGGUUCAGCGAUGUCCACAUUGCACAGUUCAAGAAGAUGGACUCUAUAGCCAAUCAUCCCUCUGCAUUCAGAUCUCGUCCUGGGUUUGCCCAACCUACAACACAGUCGCUGAAGAGAAGCCCUUCUAAAGCGGGGUUAGAUGAGCCUGAUCGACCUCGGACUGCUGGGAAGGGCACCCCCGGCAGACAACCACCUCCUUUCCUCGGUCGACCAACGUCAGUGAGCCCGUUCAAAUCCAUCCCGGCACAAACAACUUCUGUCAAGCGUGCAAGACAGUCAGAGAUGCCUGAUGUCUCCGCUGGUAGACAAUCUGAGGACCAAAUGACAGCGUCGACGCUUCCGAAAUUGGCUGCGAGCAGUCUUUUAUCACCCACAAAAUCCUCUUUGGCCAAGGCUGCAUCAAGUCAUAUCCCUGUGGCCUCUCCCAUAAAGCAACUAUCCCUUUCUCGAACAACAAGUAUGAGAUCACUCAAGGCUGUAUCAACUGCCCCGAUUGCGAGACCUUCAACUUCGAAUGGAGUCGUGAGAUUCAAGCCGCCCGGACCACCAUCGAUUUCUCAGCCCCCUCACUCACAAGAACCACCACGGUCAGGACUAAAAGGCCUAAGCGGCAUCGGUUUCACUUCUCAACCAGGAACACUUCAGCGUGCUAAAUCAAUCACGGAUCUUGGCACCGCUGCUGAGCGUACUGGCUUCGCCUCCAAACUUCCAACAUUUUCUGGAUUGAAGUCCAUACUAAGGCCAGGCCAUAGAUCCAAUGCCAUGACAUCGAUCGAGGAGAGACCAGGAACUCCGAAGAGGCCUAAUACUGCGACUUCCAUCCCUGGUUCCGCUAAGAAAGUGGAUUUUACCCCGAGGGUCAAGUCGAGAUAUGCAGUCAAGUUGGCUGCUGGUAGCCCCAGUCCUGCAAAGCUGCCACAUUUGACCCCUGCAAAGCCUCAAGGACCUGUCGUGCCGUACGACCCUGCUGCAUACAUGUUGCAUAAUGACAAAGUCGAAGAUGAAUGGGAGGAUGCUGAAAGUGAGAUUGAGUAUCCUGUGUUACCCACUGCAUCUUCGAGUCCUGCUACGGCGAUUAUGGAAACCUCCUUCAAGGACAAAGCGAGAAACCACAACCGUCGAGAGUCUAAAGAGUUCAAGUCGAUUUUCACCACCCUUCAUCAUCCUUCUCGUUCCAACGAAUCCUCAACGUUAACUUCAGUCAACACUGUCGUCAAUCAGACCAACCCUACCAUUCAUGCCAAUAAGGUCAUGACAUCUCCCCAUAACGUCAACUUGUCGAAACCAUCUCCGAAUACGAUUCGCCGGGUCCGCACCUCAGGCGUCUCUGAACUAGUUCAGCCUUUCGAGGAUUCCGAGGUCAAAACUGUUCCCCAUGGUCUGCCAGGAAAGAAACGCCGCCGUGAGUCAACAAUGUCCGGUGCUCAAGAGGCUCAAGCGGAUGCUGGAAAGGAGAACCGAAGAGUUUCAGUCCUGCCUUCCAUUCCUGGUGGAUGGCAAGAUACGCCAAAGCUUGAGGAGGUUGAAGAUGAGGGCAUGAAGAGAGGAGGAAAGCGCGCGCGGGUUGCGACCGGUGACGAUUUAAGUGGCAAAGAGGCGACCAUGGACAAGGCUCCGUCUGGUGUGAAGAAGCUUCGUCCAAAUUCUGCCCGUGAAAUGGCAAAGAACAACGCAAAGGAGAGGAAGGGCAUUCUGAGCCUGAGUCGAUUGAACAUGCUCAGCAGACCAAAGCAGCGAGGUUGA